AUGGCCAAAGACAAAGACCGCGCGCUCAACCCCGCCGCAGCGCAGCGCAAGCAGGAGAAACAGAAGAGCGUCAAGAAAGGCAAAGCCGAAGCACAAGCCCGACGGAACGAGAAGCUCGCGCGCCGCAACCCAGACCGCAUCCAGCGGCAGAUCAACGAUCUCAAAUCCGCGGAGGACAACGGGCAGCGUCUUCGCCCGCGCGACAAGGAGGUUCUCGAGGCGCUGGAGCGCGAUCUCAAGGCUGUUCUGAAGGCGCGCGAGGCGCUAGGUGAGAAGGCCCCGAAGUUUGCUCAGCAUCACCACCAUAACCAGGAGGGUUAUGGACGAGGCGGAGAUGGGGGCGUGCUGGGCAAGCGGCGGCGAGGCUCAGAGACGGGACGGUUCCAGCCUGAGUCGGAAAGCAGCGAGACGGACGAGGACGUGCGGCGAAUCCCCAUGCCGCGAGAUACGCCGCCGCCUAUUCCGCGCAGCAACCGGCAAGGAAGAGGAGCAGAUGCAGGUGCAGAUACCGAGACGAAUCGCAACGGACCACACCCCUUACCAUCACGCCCGACAGCUGUGGAACACAAGACCGUCUACGAGGCGAAGCCCGAGAUCCGCAAUUUGCGACAGGAAGCGACCAACAGGUUCGUGCCGGCGGCUGUGCGGCGGAAGCAGGAUUCUGUCCGGGGAACGGGGAAGCUGCUCGAGCCGGAGGAGAUGGAUAAAUUGGAGAUGGCGGGGUAUACAGCUGGACCUGGACGUCCUAAUACGAGUCAACAAGGACAAGAACAACGACAGCAGCCUGCGGAAACCAUCAGUGAGGAGGAGCAGAGACGGAUCGAAGAGGAGGAAAGGCGGUUUAAUCGGGAAUUGAAGACGGUGCAGAUUGAGGAGGUGGAGGAUGAAGAUGCUUGA